CACAUGCUCGUGUUGAGACCCAGUGGUGGGCGAUGCUUCCCCUUUAAAGUGGAGCGGUGUUGGACAGUAAGUGUCGGGGGGGGGCGCACGGACGGGGCGAGGCGCGCAAAAAGGAGCUGUUAGUAUGCGCCGCGAUGUCCAACUGCAGCCCACGCACCUCAACUCUGCAGAAUCAUGGCGAAAUAUGAUCCAUACGUGGGAAGAGCCGGCAGCUAAUAGACGUUCGGUCGUGAUGAGAUGACACAGCCGCUGGACACAUCAGUCAAACGGGGGAAGAGGGACAGAGAUGAGGGACUCGCGACCUCACGGCACCUUUUAGGAGGAGACCGGGAGAAACGGGAGCCGGAGCCGCGGGUGGUGAUGUACGGUGGGCACAGGGGAGCUGCUUUGACCUGUGGGGACUGACUCUGGAUCGGGGGGAACUUUCAGCUCCAUGGGCACCCGCAGUCACACAUAGACAGAGCGUAAACAAGCCUCACAAGUGCCAGUGAGAAUAGCUCCUCACUGGCUAAUAUCCCUGAACCCACAAGUUUGGGGCAUCUUUGUCUCCUUGUGCCCUGACGUGGCCCCACCCUGUCUGAAAGCUGCAGGUCCCAUCUCCCUCCAUCAUGACGGUUGCGACCAGCGACCCCUCGGAUGAAGCAGCAGCGCACCCGGGCGGGCCUCACGACCACUAUGACCCUGAGCCGGACCACGAUUGCUGCGAGAGAGUUGUCAUCAACAUCUCUGGCUUGCGCUUCGAGACGCAGCUCAAGACUCUCUCACAGUUUCCAGAGACGCUACUGGGUGAUCCCAAAAAACGGAUGAGGUAUUUUGAUCCUCUCCGGAACGAGUACUUUUUUGACCGCAAUCGACCAAGUUUUGACGCCAUUCUGUAUUAUUACCAAUCAGGAGGGAGGCUGCGCCGGCCCGUUAAUGUCACCUUGGACAUUUUUUCUGAGGAGAUCCGGUUUUAUGAGUUAGGCGAGGAGGCGAUGGAAAUCUUCAGAGAGGAUGAAGGUUUCAUAAAGGAAGAGGAGCGACCUCUGCCGGAGAAUGAGUUUCAGAGACAAGUGUGGCUGCUGUUCGAGUAUCCAGAGAGCUCAGGUCCUGCUCGCAUCAUUGCCAUAAUCUCCGUCAUGGUGAUUCUGAUCUCCAUUGUCAGCUUCUGCCUAGAGACACUGCCAGUUUUCCGAAAUGACGAUGAGGACAUGUACAAAUAUCCAUCCCAGUCCAUGUACAAUACCACCUAUGUUGGCUCUUCAUAUUUCACAGAUCCCUUCUUCAUUGUGGAGACCCUUUGCAUCAUCUGGUUCUCUUUUGAGUUCCUCGUCAGGUUCUUUGCCUGUCCCAGUAAAGCUGGGUUUUUUGGCAACAUCAUGAACAUCAUUGACAUUGUGGCAAUCAUCCCGUACUUCAUCACACUUGGUACAGAGCUAGCAGAGAGGCCAGAGGACAGCCAGGCAGGCUCGCAGGCCAUGUCUCUGGCUAUUCUCCGUGUCAUCCGUCUAGUCAGGGUGUUUCGUAUCUUCAAACUCUCACGUCACUCCAAGGGGCUCCAGAUCUUGGGACAGACUCUGAAGGCCAGUAUGCGUGAGCUUGGCCUCCUCAUCUUCUUCCUGUUUAUCGGUGUGAUCCUCUUCUCCAGCGCCGUCUACUUUGCAGAGGCAGACGAGCCACAAUCCCAGUUCAGCAGCAUCCCUGAGGCCUUUUGGUGGGCCGUGGUCUCCAUGACCACUGUAGGCUAUGGAGACAUGGUGCCAACAACCAUCGGAGGAAAAAUCGUCGGGUCUCUCUGCGCAAUCGCCGGUGUGCUGACUAUUGCCCUGCCUGUACCUGUCAUCGUGUCAAACUUCAACUACUUCUACCACAGAGAGACGGAGGGCGAGGAGCAGGCACAGUAUUUGAAUAUGCCGAGCGUGCCUAAAGCCAGCUCAGCUGACGAUCUGAAGAAGAGUGUUCGGAGCGGCAGUGGGUCCACUCUCAGCAAAUCUGACUACGUGGAGAUCCAGGAGGCUGUGAACCACAGCACCGAGGACUUCAGACCCGAGGGCAUGAAAACAGGAAAUUGCACACUGGCCAACACUAACUAUGUAAACAUCACUAAGAUGCGUACCGAUGUAUAAUGUGAGCUACUAAGGAUGGUUAACUUCUGUCAGAGUCUACAGGGAUUGUGACAGGAAUGUCGGUCCCUGUGUUGACCAAUGUAUGGCGCCUCCAGUAUGGGAGUCCAGAGCAGAUGAGUGAGAUUAUCUUGGAGAAAAGGUCAGUAGAAAGACCUCAUAUUCUCCCAUUAUCCUAUAAGGACCUAUCAUUGCAUAUCAAAGAACUGCUCCCUCUCACAUUUAGGACAUUGUCAGUGUCUGCAUGGAGUUAGUCGUACCUAUAUGACGUAGUCGUCGUGCUCGCAACAGUAGCCAAAUAGUAGCCUAACCAGUCAUAACCAAUAUUAACAGUGUAAAGGGACCACAAGUUUCUACCUUCUCGCUCAAGCUGCCGCCUGGAGAAGAUGCAAGAUGACAAUAAUUCAAAUCAGCUUAAAGUUUGUUUUUAAAUGUAAUUAACUUACUUGUGAUUUAAAGAAAAAAAAACAGGCCAUACUAUCGGCUUACAUAAGCGACUUUCAUCGGCUGCUCAAACUGCCAAGGUCCUGACUCGGAGAAAAACCAAAUCACUGAGAUCACCGCUGUUCUGUCAGGGGAAAACCAAGAGACGGAGAGAGAGUAUUUGUUGCUUUCUCUGUGGGAGAAACAGUCUGAGGGCACUAGCUUUACUCUCUUACCCCUCACUAGAUAUUCUAGCCUAGUCUAUAGUACAAGCUAGGGGCCUCUGUGGAGAUAUAUUAGGAUUCUGUUGUGUAAUUCAGGACCACAAGAGCACACCACCCUCUUUUUCCUGCCAGUUAUUCCAUCUUAACGAAACUCAAGUAGAUUUAUCGUACAUAUGUACUCUCUUGCCAAGACUCUGCCUUGUUUUUCCAGUAAAUGCAGGCUAAGGGGUGGACAGAAGAAAUGUUCCUCUGAACAAAGUGAAUGUCUGAUGUAUUGUUGUAUGUUCGUUUCAUUUCUGGAAAUGUGUGCUUUUUUUAAUCAACAUGAUGAAUGUGUGCUUCUUACCAACUUUUUUUAAUGGUUAAAACGCAUGAUGUAGAAGGAAAGACUGAAUAUAUAGUGUUCUGAUUGAGUGCCUGUUUCUCCAUCCUCUUGACUGUACCUCCAAGUGUCUCUUUGGCUACCACCUGCUCCACUGUAGCAGUGAGCACUAGUUUAGUUCGACACCACUGCCCAGCAUUAACGUUGCUCUCCUUGACUUCACAGCAUUCCAUGUUUGUACAAACAGAUCAGACGAGAUUAAGGACCAAAUUUGGUUUUAGGCUUUUAUUUAACCCAGAUCAAAUGUUAGCAAUUUAAAGAAGAGCUCAUUGAUCAACCCAAAUGAAAACGUCCAACCAUUUUAAACCAGCGAUGUCGGCCACUGCAAGUCUGCUUAUGAUAUCCAGAGUCUCACUAGCAAUACUUGUAAAAAUGAUUGAUCUUGCCCAAUCAAACUGAGAGCUCAACACACUACCUUUUAAGAAAGCACAUGGAAAUAGACACCAUACAUACAACGGAGAAUCAUAUCCAUCAAUUUGACAACACAGGCACGGCAAAUGGAAAACAUACUGCUACUCUGCCAAUUCAGGGAAUCUGAAAAAAUCCACUUAAUUUUGAAAAAUGCUAACAUCAUGUUAGCUAGCUAUGUAACAUGCUAGCUUUGUCGUUUUCAGAUCAACAUGUCUUUACUGUGGCGUUGUUGAUCUGGUUUUGGUUUUGUCGUCAAUAUUUGGUUGUGUUGUGAGCAUAUGGUUGCGUUGAGAGUAUUUGGUUGUGUUGUGCAAUGUGAGUAUAGGGUUGCGUGGUGAGUGUUUGCAGCGCAUACUUUAUUUGCCGCACAUGUGUUUUCAAAUUGAUGAAGAUGUUUCUCCAUUAACAUGUGAUGUGUCCAUUUGCAUAUGUUUUUCUAAGUUGCUGUACGUUGAGCUCUCGGCCGUCGUAUUGAAAAGUCAUUCCAUUGGGGCAUUUUGCCCAAAUAAUGCAGGACCUAGCGUAAGUGUCCUCUAUUAGCUUAUUAUCAAAUGCUAAGAUGCUAUUCUGCUAUUGUAGUGCUGCAUGUCCUGAGUAUUCAUCAUAGCAUGCAUUAGUAUGAAUAGUAUUAAAAGGGCAAAUUUCCAUAAAUAUAUAUGUAUUUAUAGAUACUUGCGCUUUACGCGAUAUAUGGGAGACAGGUGUCUUGUUUAAGAAGUCUGAGUGAUGCUUCACAUAUAUGCAUCUUUCUGCCAUUGCUAUUUGAAAUGUUGUUGAAUCCAUGUGAAGUAUGUACCCCAUGAGGCUUGUGUGUCCAUUAGAAGAUUUAACUAUAUCUAAUCGGAGGAAAGGAAACAGGUUACAUGUACGGAAACAAGGAAGAUAUGAUAGAUUCAGAAAAGACAUCAGGAUUGCCAAACUGACAGUAUGAUCCACAGCCCAGAUGUUAACUAAUGUCCCGCUCCAGCUUUAUAGUCUUUACCAUCUGUUGCAGUCACAACCCACUAACUGUGUGUCAUAGUGAAAGCACAACAACAGCUACUACUCUGUAUGAGCUGCCAAACCCAGUGUACGCGCACAGACUCAAGCAGUUGGUCAGUGAGACUUUUUGCUCAGCCAAGUGUAUCAUAAUGCUCAGAGGGACUGUCUCUGACAUACAGGUCCAUCAUGCUAAGUGUGUUGUGUUGUCUGUGUGUGUGUGUGUGUGUGUGUGUGUGUGUGUGUGUGUGUGUGUGUGUGUGUGUGUGUGUGUGUGUGUGUGUGUGUGUGUGUGUGUGUGUGUGUGUGUGUGUGUGAGAGAGAGAGAGAGUGUGUGUGUGUGAGAGAGAGAGUGUGUGCGUGUGAGAGAGAGAGAGAGACAAAGAGAUUGUGAGAAAGAUCUUUUAGAUACAAGCUGCUUGUGUAGUUUUAUAGACAAUGUGGCAGCAGUUAUCCAAAACACUGCUCUCCUCGACUCCAGGCCUGUGGUUCUCUGUAUGUUCGACACCAUCUCAGCACAGUGUUUACAGAGCGUGUGCAUACUUAACACAUGCAUCUAGUAUAUUAAACGAGGAAAACUGAAGGGAAUGUCCCGCUUCACUCGCCAAAGGUGAGAUCUACGAGCAUGUGUUUACGACAUACGCUGUGGUAUCAAUUACUGGGACUUGAAGAGAGGAAAUAGAGGGAAAGUGAGGAAUGAUUUGGAAGGAAAAUAUGAUGAUGAAAGUAAAUCAAGCACUGCCCACACCCUCCUCUUUACUCUGGUGUAUUCUUGUAUUUCUCCACACUACUGGAACGCCUAUGUGACUUUAUGUGAAUCUUCUGGACCUCCGUCUUUUCCUCUAUUGUUACCAAGCACACAGUUGAAGUGGCGCGCUCUGUCCAGACAGGCAAGUUCUCUCAGAGAAACCAACACGAUCGCACAUCAGGAUUUGAACCAAGGAAAACACAUCUCUGCUGUACUUUAUUACAUACAGCUAUUGUACACGUGUGUACACACGCUGCCUGUGUGGUGACUUCUGCUGCCAAGAAAGACAUGUUCCUGUGGUUCUAUCAAACUUCAAUACACACAAACUGAAUGGACUUAAAGGCCACAGCUGGUGGUGAACACACAUAGCCAUGUAAACAAUGUAUUUAACAGUUAUAUAAAACGGCUGCUUUCAGUGAUGUCUUAAAAUGCCUAAAGCUUCUGCUUUAAAACGAGCUCCUGCCAUGUACAGAUCCCUAUGUAGCAGGGAAUCAAAGUGUAUGCCUGCUGAACUAAUCCAAGAAGCUAAUGUUUCAUAGAUGAUGAAUUAGCUCUUAGGUUUUUAUGCUCAAAGGACAAAGAAUGGAAGUAUGUUAAGAAUUCACAAAGGGAAUAUCAUUUCUAUGAGAACUUUAAUUUAUUUGUGUUAUCAGAUGUCUAACUGAUCUUUUGUUUGUUUCCUCCAUGGUUUCGUAUUGAAUGUCAUUAUUAGCUCUUCUUUGAGCCUCACACGUUGCAUGGGCGGAGGAUUAACUGAAAUCCAUAUGCAGGUUUGGUUCUGUCUGUACUGUCUCAACACAUAUUUACCUCCAGACUACUGAUCUCAAUUACUCUAAAUCAUCUGCCUUCAGUCAGAAAUAAGUUUGAAUGUGCUUUACAUAAUCCACAGUAUUCACUGUAUUAUUAUUCUUAAGGUGGAUUCUGCUCAGCUCCAUGUGUUUGUUUACAACCUGUUGUUUUUUUUCUACCAUUGUAAAGAAAAAGACUGAACCAUGAUGCAAACUGUACGAUGUAACAUGCAAAGGAAAAAUGGACCUGAACGCUUGCCAUGCCGGUUACAAGGACUUAAAGUGAAUAUAAACUGAAAGAGGCACUUUUGUCAUUCAAAACCAUUGUAAAUGAUAAAACUAUUAUGAAUAAUAAUACUAAUGGUCUGAUGAUACUAAUGGUCUGAUGAUUAUAUCAAUAAUAACAUCUUUACAAUAAG